AUGUCACUACCAAAGAGAAUUAUUAGAGAAACUGAACGGCUAGUAUCAGACCCUGUGCCGGGUAUCACAGCAGUGCCACAUGAAGACAACUUGCGCUACUUCAACGUGACCAUUGACGGUCCCUCCGGUUCGCCAUACGAGGGAGGCAAAUUCAAGCUUGAGCUGUUUUUGCCGGACGACUACCCAAUGCUGGCUCCUAAAGUGCGUUUUUUGACCAAGAUAUACCAUCCAAACAUUGACAGACUGGGAAGAAUCUGUCUCGACGUCCUAAAGGCCAACUGGUCUCCAGCAUUGCAAGUGCGCACCAUUUUGCUGUCUAUCCAAGCACUGCUGAGCUCGCCAAACCCAGACGACCCACUAGCGAACGAGGUGGCUGAGGAAUGGAAGAGCAAUGAGCAAAAUGCAAUCAAAACCGCCAGAGAGUGGACUGAAAGAUUUGCACAGUAA